CAUCUCCCCAGAUACUUCACCAAUUCCCAUCCCCCUCCUCCUCCUCCUCUUCCUCUUCUGACCUCAUCUCUCUUUCUCUCUCUCUCUCUUAUCUCUCUAGUUCACUAUCUCCUGUCGUAAGCCAGUCUGCACGAUUCCUCUUCCUAGCAGGCCGAGUCCCGAUGGGCGAGAAAAAGGACGGCGGCGAGGAUAAGAAGGCCGCGGAGGCCGGCGGCCCCGCCACCGUCGUGCUGAAGGGGGACUUGCAUUGCGAGGGAUGCGCCAAGAAAGUCAAGCGAGUUGUCAAGGGUGUCGAGGGUGUUGAAGACGUGAAGGUCGAUUUCGGGGCCAACAAGGUAGUGGCCAUCGGGAAGGUGGACCCCGCCAAGCUGCGCGAGCGCUUGGAGGAGAGGACCAGAAGAAGUUCGAGCUCGUCUCUCACUCCGCUUCUCCCGCACCGCCGGCGCAGCCCAAGAAGGAGGGCGGCGGCGGCGAGAAGACAGCGGAGAGCAAGAAAGCCGAUGAGGGCAAGAAAGCCGAUGCCGAUGAGGGCAAGAAAGCCGACGAGGGCAAGAAGAAGAAGGUGGAAGACGAGAAGCCCAAAGAGGUCAUUUACUAGCACGGUGGUGCUGAAGAUCAGCUUGCACUGUGCCGGGUGCGUCAAGAAGAUAAAGAGUGCCUCGCGCAAGGUCAAAGGAGUAAAUUCGGUGACCGUAGACGUCCCCAAAGAUUUGGUCACACUGACGGGCACGAUGGAGGUGAAUGGGCUUGCACCGCUCCUUCAAGAGAAGCUCAAGCGGAGCGUGGAAGUGAUCCCACCCAAGAAAGAAGAAGCUGCUGCCGACAAGAAGAAGGACAAGCCCGCCGCUGGUGGCGGAGGUGGAGAGAAGGAUAGCGGCGACGGUGGAAAGAAGAAGGAAGAAGGCAACGUAGUCAACGUGGAUGUGAAGAAAAUGGAAUACGGUGGAUAUCCGGCGCCGCCGAUGAUGUCAUAUCCGCCGUAUUGGAAUUACGCUCCGACGUAUGGUGCCGGGCCCCCGGCAUAUGGUGCCGGGCCUAGCUACGCCGUGCAGCCUUAUCAGAAUCACCACAUGGAGCCAUAUCACCCCGGAGGAGGAUACCCGGGUCAAGCAUAUGCGACGCCGUACCCCAACGACGGGUACGUGGUGGAUCACCGCGCGUUCAGCGACGAGAAUCCUAAUGCAUGUUCCGUCAUGUGAGCACGAGCGAGAGGGAGGAACCAUGGCUUUUGGGGAGACGAGAGCGAGAUCGUUGGCAAUUGGGACGAUUACUGUAGAAACGAAAGUUACGAGGGGUGAAGAUGUAAAUAUGGGAAAAAUGUCGUUGGGGGAACACGACAAGAGGAAGUAGCGAGUUUCGUUUCGGCUUUUAGGAAGCGACCGAUCGACGGACCUGUUUUCGUUGUUAGGGUCGAUGCAUAGUUUUUCUCUUUCAGCGCUCUUGGCGGAAAUUGGUUUAGUUAGCUGAUUUUGAUGUCAUAAUAAAAGAUAAAACUAAUAGUUUUAUCUAGCGCAAUGUACGUCAGAGAUUACAUAUUCCCUUUCCUAAAAUUCAUGUUCAUGUUAUUUUCAGAACGAAA